AUGGACGACGGGGUGCAGCUCCGUGAUGAGGCCGCUCAGGAUCGAGUCCGAGCGGCCGUUGAGUUCCUUGAUCCAACCGAUGCUAGAGCGCGCAGUUAUCGAGCGGAUAUUGUGUUGAUGCUUAACCGGGGAUUGCGUCGUCUUUUAGUUAGCAUUGAUGAAAUCAGAGCGCAUAACCGCGAACUUGCAGAUGGGCUUCUCACCUCGCCCUUCGAAUACUCGAUAGCAUUCGACAAAGCCCUGAAGGAUGUAAUCAAGACAUUGCCGAACCGGCCAUCAAGAGAAACGGGAGACGAUGUGAACUAUUACUGCGCAUAUGUCGGCGCAUUCGGAGAAUUCGCCUGCAAUCCCAGAACGUUGGGGUCGAUCCACCUGAACCGGAUGAUCUCGCUCGAGGGUAUCGUUACGAAAUGCUCGUUGGUCCGUCCAAAAAUUAUACAGAGUGUGCACUACAGCGAGAAGAAGGAUAGGUUCUUGUCUAGGAGGUAUAGGGAUCAGACUAUGACUGCUAGUGGGGCAACGAGUCUGAACGUCUACCCACAAGAAGAUGAUGAAAAGAAUCCGCUUAUUACAGAGUACGGUUAUUCGACGUACAUGGACCACCAAACGAUCUCUAUCCAGGAAAUGCCCGAGAGAGCACCAGCAGGCCAGCUUCCGCGCAGCGUCGAUGUGAUCCUUGACGACGAUCUGGUCGACCGGGCUAAACCCGGUGACAGAAUUCAAUUGGUGGGAACCUAUCGUACGCUGGGUAACCGAAACGCCGGGAAUGGGUCGUCGACUUUCCGCACACUCGUCAUGGCGAACAACAUCAUCCAAUUGUCUUCGAAGUCCGGUGGUGGAAUUGCACAGGCCACUAUUACCGACACUGACAUUCGGAAUAUUAACAAGAUCUCCAAGAAGAAGAACGUUUUCGAGCUCCUUUCUCACUCCCUUGCACCGAGUAUCUAUGGACACGACUACGUCAAGAAGGCAUUGCUGCUGAUGUUGCUUGGUGGUAUGGAAAAGAAUUUGGACAACGGUACUCACCUGCGUGGUGACAUUAACAUCCUGAUGGUCGGUGAUCCGUCAACGGCCAAGUCGCAACUUCUUCGAUUCGUGUUGAAUACCGCUCCUCUCGCAAUUGCCACAACUGGCCGAGGAUCUUCCGGCGUUGGUUUGACUGCUGCUGUUACGUCCGACAAGGAGACCGGAGAGCGCAGAUUGGAGGCUGGUGCAAUGGUUCUCGGUGACCGUGGUGUAGUUUGCAUUGAUGAAUUCGACAAGAUGAGCGACGUCGACCGUGUGGCCAUCCACGAAGUUAUGGAACAGCAAACAGUUACCAUCGCCAAGGCCGGUAUCCACACAAGUUUGAACGCCCGGUGCAGCGUUUUGGCUGCCGCCAACCCUAUCUACGGACAAUAUGAUCCUCACAAGGAUCCGCACAAGAACAUUGCUUUGCCAGACUCCCUCCUGUCUCGUUUCGAUUUGCUCUUCGUUAUCACCGACGACAUUGAAGACUCCAAGGACCGCAUGGUCUCAGAGCACGUCUUGCGUAUGCACCGCUAUCGUCAGCCCGGUGUCGAGGAGGGCGUUCCUGUCCGGGAGCAGCUCAACCAGAGCCUGGGUGUUGGUCUCGAAGAGACCCAAGACUCAAACCAGCCCACUGAUGUCUACGAAAAGUUCAACGUUAUGCUUCACGCUGGCAUUGCAAACAUGAACAGAGACUCAGGCAAGAAGAAUCUCGAAAUUUUGAGCAUCCCUUUCAUUAAGAAGUACAUUCAAUACGCCAAGUCGAGAAUAAAGCCUGUCUUGACCAAGGGAGCUGCGGACCACAUUGUUGCGACAUACUCUGCCCUGCGUAACGAUGAACUCUCCGGCAAUCAGCGCAGAACCUCCCCUAUCACCGCUCGUACAUUGGAAACGUUGAUCCGUCUGUCCACAGCGCACGCCAAAGCACGACUGUCCAGCCGCGUCGAUGAGAAAGAUGCCAAGAGUGCUGAAUCUAUUUUGCGUUUCGCCAUGUUUAAGGAAGUCGUUGAGGACGAGCGCCGAAAGAGAAGAAAGGUCACGACCUUUGACGAUGACUCCGACUCCGACUCCAGUGAUGAGGACUCUGACGACGAUGACGAAACCCCAGCUACCACCACUCCUCGCAGCACCCGACGGGGUGGAACAUUACGAACUCGCACACAAGCAACCCGCUCCAGCAUCAACGACAACGCCGAUGCAGAAGGCGAAGACAUAUCAGAUGACGGCGACGGCUUAUACGAAGCCAGCCCCCGCGGUCAACGGAUGCGCUCGAGCCAGACCGGCCAGACACAGACACAACCUCAGUCUCAAUCCCAGAUGUCCGUGGCAUCAUCUCAGCCCGCAUCGCAACUCAUGUCAGACACAUCGCAGUCCCAGAGCGCAGCAGCAGCAUCGCAACCAAUACAACCACCCCGUCUGACGAUUUUCCGCCAGACUCUUGGUUCAUUGAUGGGAUCACGGUUGUUUGCUGAUGGCGACACGGCGGACGUUGAGGAGCUUAUUGGGGCUGUGAACACUGCUGUGCGUACCGCGCCGGGCCUUGGUGAGGGCGCUGUAUUCCAGAGACCUGAGGCGGUUCAAGCGCUGAAGGCUAUGAAUGAGAUGAAUCAGUUGAUGUAUCUUGAGGAUGAUGAGACGGUUUACCGAAUUUGA